CAAACGUGGGGCGCUGUACUGCUGCUUCCAACCUGACUUGUGGGGACUCAUCCAUGGCCAGUGAGGCACAGCGUCGACACACCUGGGACCUCCCACUCUGAGCAAGAUGACGGUGCAGAGCUUGGCCCUGUCCUUGACCCCAUGAGGGGCGAGGCCCCUGCAGGCCCAAAGAUGGGGAACAUCACAGGGGACAAUGUCUCCCUGAGCUGCACCAUCGACCACACCAUCCACCAGACGCUGGCACCGGUGGUCUAUGUCACUGUGCUGGUGGUGGGCUUUCCAGCCAACUGCCUGUCCCUCUACUUUGGCUACCUGCAGAUCAAGGCCCGGAACGAGCUGGGUGUGUACCUGUGCAGCCUGACCGUGGCCGACCUCUUCUACAUCUGCUCGCUGCCCUUCUGGCUGCAGUACGUGCUGCAGCACGACAACUGGGCACACGGCGACCUGUCCUGCCAGGUGUGCGGCAUCCUGCUCUAUGAGAACAUCUACAUCAGCGUGGCCUUCCUCUGUUGCAUCUCCAUCGACCGCUACCUGGCCGUGGCCCAUCCCUUCCGCUUCCAUCAGUUCCGCACCCUCAAGGCGGCCGUGGGUGUCAGUGUGGUCAUCUGGACCAAGGAGCUGCUCACCAGCAUCUUCUUCCUCAUGCACCAGCAGGUGGUGGAGGAUGGGGACCAGCACCGUGUCUGCUUCGAGCACUACCCCCUCCAGACCUGGCAGCGUGGCAUCAACUACUACCGCUUCCUGGUGGGCUUCCUCUUCCCCAUCUGCCUGCUGCUUGCCUCCUACCAGGGCAUCCUGCGCGCUGUACGCCGCAGCCACGGCACUCAAAAGAGCCGCAAGGACCAGAUCCAGAGGCUGGUGCUCAGCACCGUGGUUAUAUUCCUGGCCUGCUUCCUGCCCUACCAUGUUCUGCUGCUUGUGCGCAGCGUCUGGGAGGCCAGCUGCGAGUUUGCCAAGGGCAUCUUCAACGCCUACCACUUCUCCCUCCUCCUCACCAGCUUCAACUGCGUCGCCGACCCUGUGCUCUACUGCUUCGUCAGUGAGACCACUCACAGGGACCUGGCCCGCCUCCGCGGAGCCUGCCUAGCCUUCUUUACCUGUGCCAGGACCGGCCGGGCCAGGGAGGCCUACCCGCUGGGCGCCCCUGAGGCCUCUGGGAAAGGUGGGGUCCAGGGUGAGGAGCCAGAGUUGUUGGUUAAGCUCCACCCAGCCUUCCACACCCCAAACUCUCCUGCAGCCGGGGGCUCCCCACUAGGUAGCCUGGCCUAGCACAGGCUGCUCCACGCCCAUGGCACUUGAGUUCUGAGCCUGUUCCCAGAUGCCUCCUGCUUCGCCAUACAUAAGGUUCCAGCAGAGUGGACCGUGGGGCUGGGCUGUAGCAAGCCUCCCUGGCUCUCCGGGACAUGCUCCAACCUGCUGAGCCUGGUGUGACUGUCACUUGCAGGAACUUCUGCUGCCAGGCUCUGGGUACUGUGGGUGGGGGACAGUGACCAGGAGAUUUGCAGAGUGUGGCUUGGCUGUGGGUAUGCAGCAUGUGGAUAGGGAAGAUGGGGUCCACGGGUGAGGGGGUGCCUGGGUAUUUGCCUGCCGGGGUCUUCCACUGGUGUCCUAGGUGAUGACCACUAUUCCCUGAUGAUGUAGUGUGGGGGGCUGGUACUGAGCUCUGCUCUACCAUGGGGUGGGACAGGAAGAUUGGGCAGGGAAAAGGAAAGAAGUGGAGGCAUUUGUGGAAUGACAGUGGAGGAAGUGGCAGGCAGAGGAGGAACCCUGGAUCCAGCCACAUCACAGUUGCACAGGACCAGGUGAGAACCCAAGCCCAGGACUGCUGGUGACCCAGUGUUGGGGCUCCCCAGGGAGAAAUGUGGGAUACUAGAAAAGCUGGCACUCAAGCUGAGGGUAUUAGGCCUGGGCCUGAAGUGGUGAGCUGUUAACCAAGUUUCCUCAAAGACAUCAUCCAGUGAGCUCUUUCCACCUGCCCAGAAGCCAGGCCUAGGGAAAAUGGGGGGCAGGGAGAGAAAGAAAGUGGCUUAGUUCAUGGGUAAAGUGCCAGGGUCAGAGCAGUGGUUAAGAUGCUGUUUGAGAUGUUUGAUCCCGUACUGAAGGGUCUGGGUCCGAGUCCUGGCUUUGCUGCUGAUUCCUCUUUCCUGUAAAUGCACAUCCUGGGCGGGAGUGAUGGCGGCUCAAGUACUUGAAUCCCUGCCACCCACAUGGGAGACACGGGCUGAGUUCUGGGCUCCUGGCUUUGGCCCAACCGUGGCUGUUGUGAGCACUUGGGGAGUGAACCAGCAGAUGAGAGAGCUCUGUUGGUUCCUAUCUCUGUUUCUCUUUCAGACAAAAUCAAAAUCAAAAUCAAAAUAAAUAAAACAUUUACACACACACACACGGGCUGGCACAGUGGCCCAAUAGGCUAAUCCUCCACCUGCAAGCACUGGAAUCCCCAUGGGCACUGGUUCAUGUCCUGGCUGUUCCAUUUCCCAUCCAGCUCCCUGCUUAUGACCUAUGAAGGUAGAGAAGGAUGCUUCAAGUCCUCGGGACCCUGCAUCCACAUGAAGACCUGGAAGAGAGUCCUAGACCCCAGCUUCAGAUCGGCUCAGCUCUGGCUUUUGUGGCCACUUGGGGAGUGAAUCAGCAGAUGGAAGAUCUUUCUCUAUUUCUCCUUCUCUCUGUAAAUCUGCCUUUUCAAU